AUGAAUUCAAGAAAUAAGGGAGAUUAUUCUGGAUCAAGAAUAAAGAUAAACUAGAAUCAAACUUUUGAUCAUCCAAGUCCUUAUAUUAAUAUUCAGCACAAUACGCUUUCUGAUCAUGCUCACAAUUAAUCUACAUCUUCAGAGAUGUUAGAUUCAUCUUUCAGAAAUAAUGAAUAGCUUAACUAAUCAAAUAGCAAAAGAGUCAUUCAAUCUUCGAUAUAAUAAUAGCAAAUGAAUCCAUUAAUUAAAUAAACUCCAAUGAUGCCUCCAAUUCAUUCGGUAAACAGCUCAGAGACAAACAAAAGUUUGAUAUUCAGUUAGCCAUAGGCUCCUGUAGUCAUCAGCUAACUAAGAAAUAAUAAUAUGAUGAACACUGAAUCAACAAUACACAGAGUAUAGGAAUCUCAAAUAAACCAAGGAAAUAAUACUCAAGAUUAGAGCGAUGGCUUUGAGUUGAAGUAUAAAAAUUUCUUGCUAGAUAGCAAGCAAGUAUUUGCAAUAUACAGAGUGCUUAUGAAUAAAUGCAAGGACUUAACUAAAUUAUGCCCCAUUUUUACAUCGCAUAAUCUUAACUCUGAUAGAGUGUUCAAGGAUUGCAUAACCUUUAUCAAUCUAUUCACAUAAUAAAGUUAGGAAUAUUAGAAUCAAGCACUUGCAACCUUCAACGCCAAUUCAGAUCAAGCUAACCCCAUUGAAAAGUAAAAUGUAAGGUUUGACUUAAUCAAUGCAACAUAAAGUAAUGAUGAGCUAUUGAAAAUGCUUUAAGGGCAUUAAAACCUCUAAGGCUCUAGACUAAGAUCAACGACAAGUUAGAAAAGAAACAAGCUUAAGGUAAACUAAGCAAGUUCAGGAAUAAGUAGUAGAAACGAGAAUUUAGCAAUGACAGGUAGCAGCAAUGUGCUAUACGGAAGUUCAAUUCAAGCAAAUGUGAUGAAUAUCAAAAUCAAGAAUCAUUAUAACACUUAGAAUCCUAAUAAUAUGACCUUCAAUAACCCAAAUAUUUGA